UUUGAAUACGAUAAACACCAUUUAGACGAAUAUUACACCGACUGAGGAUUCACUUCGAGCUUAAGUUUACAAAACCGAACUAGCCACGACGGUCAUGGCCCGGCGUUUUGCGCCGCUUGGUUUUCUUUUUUGCUUCAUUUUAUGGUGUGUGUAUGAAACUGGGGCCAGCACAGGCCAGUCUGUUUCCCUUCGAAGGCACAAAAGAGAAUGGAUCGUCCCACCGAGAGUUCUGGAAGAGAAUGUGGACUAUACCAAAGAGCCCUUUAUUGCAAGAAUCCGCUCAGACAAGGAAGAUGAGAUGAAGGGCUUAGUGAAAUAUUCCUUAAAGGGUGUCGGUGUGGACCAACCCCCGUACAACUUGUUUGUGGUGGACCAUUUCACUGGCAACGUUCGAGUAACUCAGAUCCUGGACAGAGAGCAAAUUGCCCAGUACAAUCUUUCUGGAGCUGCUACUUUUUAUAAUGGCACACUUGCAGAGACAGAUAUCCAGCUGAGGAUAAAGGUUAAAGAUCAGAAUGAUAACGCGCCAAUCUUUUCUUCCAUCAGCCCCGGCACUGUACCUGAACUCAGUGGUGUAGGUACCGUGGUGAUGAAAAUUGCGGCCACCGAUGCUGACGAACCCGGCAACCCCAAUUCUCAGAUCUUUUAUGAGAUUAUAGACCAGCAGCCUCCAGGAAAAAGGAUGUUUACGGUCAAUUCGAAAGGAGAAGUCCUGGUUAAUGAUCCUAACCUAGACAGAGAGACAAUUGAUCAGUACAUACUCACCGUGAAAGCCUCAGACCUCAAUGGAGCGGCAGGUUGCAACACAGGGACGGCAACAUUCAAGGUUCUGGUCUCGGAUGUCAACGAUAACGUUCCAACACUGGAGAAAGACUCUUAUGAGGGCAGUAUUGAGGAAAACACCGCGGACGUCGAGGUGAUGAGACUCAAAGCCAACGAUCUGGACGAGGCGAACACUAACAACUCUCUGGCUAAGUUUGAAAUUAUCUCCGGCAAUUCAGGUGGACAUUUCAGGAUUUACACCGAUCCGAAGACCAAUGAGGGAGUCUUGGUGCUCACCAAGGCUGUGGAUUAUGAGGAGGUUAAAGACAUGAAUCUGGGCAUUGUUGUAAACAAUGAAGCUGCAUAUCACCCUUCAGUGUCUGGGGCUGGACAGGAAGUGGGCGUGAAUAUUGGAGGAGCUGGUGCAGGGGCUGGUGCUGGUGCUGGUGCAGGUGCAGGUGCAGGUGCUGGUGCAGGUGCUGGAACUGGAACUGGAACAUCAUCGUCCAGCGGAUCAGGCUAUUCGAUCGGAGGAGCAGGUGGCGCCGGAUUAAAAGGUGGUAAAGUCUACAAUAUGAACAUCAAAGUAAAAAACCAGCCGGAGGGCCCUCGCUUCAAUCCCAAAGUGAAAGCAAUUCCCAUUUCUGAAGAUGGCAAGAUGGUGGACAUAACAAAAGUACUCACAAGGUACAAUGCUAUUGAUGGAGAUACCGGAUUGCCUGCUGAGAGGGUCACAUAUGUUAAAGGUUCUGACAAAGACAGCUGGCUGACCAUUGAUGAGAAAACCGGUGACAUUAAAUUGAACAAGAUUCCAGAUCGAGAGUCUCCAUACCUGGUCAAUGGAACUUACAUGGCUGAGAUCCUCUGCAUCAGUCAAGACAUGCCCACUAAGACGGCUACAGGCACCAUUGCAAUCCAGGUGGAAGACUUUAAUGACCACUGCCCCACUCUGACCAGUCAGAAGCAGAUCAUGUGCACUGAUCAGGAAGCAAUAUACGUCACUGCUGUGGACCACGACUUCUUUCCAAACUCGGCUCCUUUUAAGUUUAACAUCAUUCAUGAGGAGAGUACAGGAAAAUGGGAAUUGGAGCACUUUAAUGAUACCACAGCCGUUUUAAAGGCUCUCUCACCUAUAUGGCCGGGCCCUUACAAGGUGACAGUGGAGGUGCAGGACCAGCAGGGGCAGGCAUGUCCAGACCACCAGGUGGUAAACCUGGAUGUGUGCACAUGUGAAAAGCAGGGAGUGUGCGGAAACCGAGGGGUUCACCAGAAGGGCGCAACACUAGGAGCUGCUGGGAUUGGCCUGCUUCUUCUGGGACUUCUCAUGCUUUUACUUAUCCCACUCUUGCUGAUGGCCUGUUCGUGUGGAGCUGGAGGCAUGGGGGGUUUUGCCGAGAUGAACGUUGAUACUAAAGAGCACCUGAUGUCAUAUAAUACAGAAGGGCAGGGAGAAGACCGGGAUGUGCCCAUGCUCUCUGAUAUGGAUGGGAUGAUGAACUAUAGUACAAAAGGAGGUGGCUUUGGGGCAGGAGCUGGCUAUGAAGCAGGAGCUGGCUAUGGGGCAGCUACUUAUGGAGGUACCAUGGCUGGAAUGGGCGCUACUUACAUGGCAUCCAUGAACGGCAUAAACAGGGGUGGUCAAAUGGAAAUGAUUUCUAUGGAUCAGGGGAUGGCUGGUGGCCUUGGAAUGAUGAGAGGGGAGUAUGACAGCGGAAUAGCCCUUUCAGAUGACUUCUUGUAUCACUACUACUCAGAGAAGAGCCAGAUGGUGGAUGGCACCGCCGAUAACUAUAAUUUGCAAUAUGAAUAUGAAGGCCAAGGCUCGCCUGCUGGAUCUGUGGGCUGCUGCAGUAUGCUGGAAUCCGAAAACGAUCUGGAGUUUCUCAAAGACCUGGGGCCAAAGUUUACCACCCUGGCUGAGAUCUGCGGUGGCACAAGGAUCACCACGGCUGCCUCGACACCUCUUCCUCCUCCUCCAAAACCUGAUGAACUCCUCAUGAACUCCGAAUCGAUGUCCAUCCAAGCCAGCACCAGCAACGUUGUCAACCAUGCUGCCCAAGCUGUAUCCUCCUCCACCUCUCUGCAUACAGAGGAGAACAUGCUAGUUACAAACAACCAUGCUCAGACUCGUGUCGACGUCAUGCCCGCCCAGACACUGAUGGUGCAGCAACAGCAGCCUAUGUAUUACAUGUUGGAGCCACAGGUCUCUAACACUGUGCUUCUGGCCGAGAGGCCCGCGAUGGGACUCACCCAGGGGGGGAUGUACGUGCUGAACGGAGCUCCGAUGGCUGAAACCGUUCUGGUUCAGGGUACCGUUCCUGCUCAUAGUACGAUCGCUGGAGGAGAUAGAGUGAUGUUGGUGGAAACACAUGGAGGACCCGGCCAGGCUAUAAACACAGGCAUGCUUCAGUCGACUCAGUUGUCCGGAUCGCAGCUGUUGCUGGUGGAUAGAGGCGCCCAGGGCGGCCAGGUCUUCCAUGGAACGCUGCCAAAUGGGGGCAUCGCCGGAUCUCAAGGCAUGUUUCUGAUUGAUGGGCAAGGAGGCGGAUCGCUGAAAAGCAGCAUUACUGCCCCCGCAGGGUCUGUGCAUGUUGUAGAGAGGCAGCAGAGAGGCCCGUCAGUAAUCACCCAUGGGUCCUUGCCGCCGGGCAUGGUCCCCAGUGCAGGGUUACAGAAUGGCACUUUUGGAAUUAGCAUGAGCUCUGUAAACGAAUAUCCCAGCGCACAAAAAGUCGUAAGGCAGGAAAAGAAAGUUGUGUCAUCUCAGAAGAGCUCUGUAACGAUGGGUAAAUAAUCACCUAAAACUGAAUUCAACACCAGCAGUCUGAGGUAACGUCCUCAUAGCAUUAACAAUGCAUUACCAAUGAUUUUUAACCUUUUUUAUCUCAAUUUUACUGCAUGUGGACAUUUAAAAAAAAAAUGCUGGUUGGGGUCAUUUUUCUUUGGAAUUUAGUAUCACUAUGCAACUAUAAUAUAACAAAUAAUACUACAUGAAAUGGAUUUCAUAUAGAAAAAACAAUGCAGUUUUUGUAUUUGACUUUGAACCUACUUGCUCAUGUAACUCGGUGGAUUAACAAAGGACUUUUGCUACAGCCUGAUGUUUUUCACUCUCCCUUGUUUUCCUAGUGCACUACUGUAAAUCAGUCCUCAUUAUACUGAAUCUUGAAGCUAUUUUUAUACUAAUGAUAAAACUUAAACAAAUUAGUUUGAUUCUUAUAAAUGAUCACCUAAAAGUGAAUUCAACACCAGCAGUCUGAGGUAACGUCCUCACAGCACUAACAAUGCAUUACCAAUUUUUUUUUAUCUUUUUUUUUUUUAUCUCAAUUUUACUGCAUACAGUUCUACUGCAUGUGAACAUUGUAAAAAAAAAUGC